AUGUCGGACGGCGCCUUGAAGCCCGAGAAGGACUUCUCGAAGGAGACGGACAAGCAGAUCCCGGAGGCUGAGAAGCUUGCCAAGAGCGAUAUCUCGGCCGCCAUUGAGAAGCUCAGCGUCCUAGAGAAGCAGACCCGCCAGUCCUCAGAUCUUGCGUCGACAUCGCGUAUACUCAUCGCCAUUGUGAACAUCACCAAGGAUGCUGGCGACUGGAGCUUGAUGAACGAGCAGGUCCUGAUCCUCUCGAAGAAGCAUGGCCAGCUCAAGCAGGCUAUCACGAAGAUGGUCCAGGCGGUGAUGGGCUUCCUCGACUCGACCCCGAACCUCGAAACGAAGCUGUCCGUCAUCGAGACGCUGCGGACAGUCACCGAAGGCAAAAUCUUUGUCGAAGUCGAGCGCGCGCGUAUCACCAAGACCCUUUCCGACAUCAAGAAGGAGCAAGGCGACCUGAAGGCGGCAACGGAUAUUCUGUGCGAGCUGCAGGUGGAGACGUUCGGUUCUAUGGACCGCCGGGAGAAGACCGAGUUCAUUCUGGCACAAGUCGCUCUCUGUAUCGAGGUCGGUGACUGGACCCAGGCCAGCAUCCUGAGCCGAAAGAUCAGCACCCGCUACCUGUCGCGAAAGCCGAAGAAGACUCCCGAGCAGCUGGAGAAGGAGAAGAAGGAGCGUGAGAAGAAGAGGGCGAGAGGCGAGGAGGUGCCCGAGGAGAAGGAGGACGACACAACCGACCUUAAGCUCCGGUACUACGAGCAGCAAAUCAUCCUUGCGAAGCAUGAUGACAAGUACCUCGACGUCUGCAAGCACUACCGCCAGGUCCUCGACACCGAGGCGGUUGAGGAAGACCCCAAGAAGCUCCACCCCGUCCUUCAACGCAUCAUCUACUUUGUCAUCCUUGCGCCGCACGACAACGAGCAGCACGACCUGCUCCACAGAAUCCAGAAGGAUUCCAGAAUUAGCCAAGUCUCCCAGGAGGCCGAUCUUCUCAAGCUCUUCACCGUCCACGAGCUCAUGCGCUGGCCCGAGGUCGCAAAGACGUUCGGCCCCCACCUCUGCGAGACCGACGUGUUCGAUGCCCAGACCGGCCAGUCCGAUGACGAGAAGGCCCACCAACGCUGGUUGGACCUGCGCAAGAGAGUCAUCGAGCACAACGUGCGCGUUGUCGCCAAGUACUACACCCGUAUCCAGACCCAGCGCCUCACCCAGCUGCUGGAUCUCACCGAGGACGAGACAGAGAAGUACAUCAGCGAGCUGGUCACGUCGAAGACGAUCUACGCCAAGAUCGACCGCCCUGCGCGCAUCGUGAGCUUUGCGAAGCCCAGAGACGCGGACGACAUUCUGAACGAGUGGAGCUCCAACAUGAAGAGCUUGUUGGGCCACUUGGAGCGCAUCGAUCAUCUCAUUACAAAGGAGGAGAUGAUGGCCAACAUCCAGCCUGGCGCCUCCAAGUCGGGUAAGGGAAAGGCUACCAAGGCGCAUUAG